UUCAACAAAUGAAGGUUAUCUCAAAUGUUGUUGUUCUAAAACAAAAUAAUGUUGCUAUAAGGAGUCUCCUUAUAAAAUUUUUGCUAGAAAUUUUCAGGAAUUGUUGUAGUAGAAAUGGAGGAUUCAUAUGACAAAUAUGUCGUUAAACUUGAGGAAUCUAAUCAUGCCUCAGAAGACGAAAAGAAAACUACUGUGGGUACUUCAGAAACGACUGAACAUGGUGAAAAUUUUACUAUCCCAAAAAUAGAUACUAAUGACGAAAAUGAAUCAAAUGUAUAUUAUGGCACAGAUUGUAUCAAAGAAAAAUCAUCAAUUUCAGUAGAUCAUUGUUAUGCUCGACCUUGGAACUGGAAAGCAGAAUCCAGUUUUCUCAGGCCUACUAAAACUCUCUUCAUACCAAAGAAUCCUUCGAAAAUUAAUUUUUCUGGUCAGAUAAUACAUUCUCAAGCUAAUGAAGAUUUACUUGAUGUAGAAACCGUCGACAAUCAACCAACACCUAUAUAUGAUGUAAAUAAAGCCAAAUCAUUGAUGGAAGAAUGUGAAAAUCAUGUUAAAUGUUUUAAAAAUGAUGAAGGAAACAAUCAUUGGGAAGAAGCUAUACUGAAUAAUUUCAGUAAUAAUUGGACACCCACGCAAAUAAGACUUUUCAAUGGAGUCAUAAGUAUUUUAAAUAACCAUCAAUUAGCAAAGUUGGCUUCUAAAGGAGUGGAUUAUGAAGCUAUUUGUAGGAGAACUGCAAUCGAUAAAUCUGUUCAGAGGUUGAGACGACUGAUGGCUACAGUAUUCUGGGAUCAAAAGUUGACACAAUGGUUGCAUCAGUUGUUAGUAGAUAAUCUAAGUACAGAGUAUUUGGGUAUAUACUUGGAUAUCUUGCAAACCUUGAAAGGUAAACUACCUUCAUUCGUUGAGAAAAUGAUAAAUAGCCAAACUGCACACAAAAUAGGAAGUAUCUCAACUGAAAACCUAUUGCCAAUUCUGAAAAGGCCAUGGGAUCCCGUUAUAUCCAGUUUAAUGCAAGAUAAACCGAAGAAAUUACCUGGAAAUCCUAUUAUUGUUGUUGUUCCUUCAUCUCCAGUGACUUCUAACCGUUACAUGAAAUGGAUAAAUUUAUUAUCAAAUUUAGCAAUGGUUGUCAAUGUUCCAUUUAAUAUGGGAACUCCUGGGCAAAGACUCACAACAAUGCAUGCUGCAGAUCAGAUGUUUGCCUCCAUCAGAGGGCAGGUUCAAGAAAUAAAGAAUGACCACCCUAACAAAAAUAUAGUCUUGCUUGGUUUUAAUGCAGGUGCUGCUAUGGCAUUGCAAGUUGCGCAGGUUGAACAAGUGUUGGGCGUUAUAUGUUUAGGAUUUUCUUUGUUAACAGCAGAAGGUAAGAGGGGCGAACUCGAAGAUACUUUAUUAGAACUGCAAACUCCUGUGUUGUUUGUUAUUGGCCAGAGUUCAACUACUUCAUCGCAGGAAGAUAUGGAGGAUUUGAGAGAAAGAAUGAGAGUUGAAACUGGUCUUGUAGUAGUGGGCUCUGCAGAUAAUUAUUUGAGAAUAAGUAAAAAGAAAAAGAGAAACGAAGGAAUAACUCAAAGUGUUGUAGAUAGAUGUAUUGUGGAUGAAAUUGGUGAGUUUAUUAGUGGGAUAAUAUUAUCUCCUUUCCCUCCUCAAAUAAGACAAUCACCUGCUCAUGUACCUGCGGAGGUAGUUUCUACAAAAAAAAGUAAAACUGAAAGGAGAAGAUAUAACUCAAAUGCAAGCUCCUUGGAUAGUGAAGAUCUCAUGUCUCCUAUGCCUCUCAGAAUAUCAAGGCCAGUUGGAAGACCACCUGGUUCGAAAAGCAAGUCGAAACUUGAAGUGAAGUGGGCGGCUCAGGUUGCUCAAGGUACUGAAACAACAGCCAAUACUACAACUGUUAAUAAUCCUACUAGCUCUUCUCCUAGUAGCACUCCUCCUGACACUCCUCUCACUUUGGACUCUUCCUCUAAUGAUAGCUUUCUUGAAAAACAAAACACCGAUAAACCUAUUUCAAAAUUCCCAACUACAAAAAUUAAAACCAUUUUUCCAAACACCCUUGAUCCACAACAGUUUGUUAGAAAGGUUAGAACCUUGAAACCUGUCACUGCAGGUUCUUCUUCACACAAUGUUAUUGCAACUACUUUAAACAAAGGUUCUCCCAUCAAAGGACUACAAACAUCUACUCCAGCUAAAAUGCAGGCAUAUGGGAUGGCGAGACAUAACAUUGUUUCUGGAUCAAGAUUAUCUACUUUACUGAGGGGUGGUAUUAAGACUAUACCACCAACACAACCAAAGACAUCGUCUCCUUCAAUAAAAAGUCCCCCAAAUUACUCAGUCCUAGAAAACGUGACUUUUUCAGCGGGGAGUAACAAAUUGAUAUCUAACACAAUAGGUAAAACAGUGACUGUAUUAAAUUCGGGUAGUGGCAUGAAGUCAACAGGAGCAAAUGUAAUUUUGAUGCCUGAUGGAAAAAUUAAAACUAUCACUUCAGGAAAUAUAGUGAAAGGUACUAGUUAUAUAACAUCAAAGAAACAACUACUAGGAAACAAACCGCCAAAGCCAGUGAAGAGAUUCGCGCCAUUCAAGCAGUCUUCAUCCACUGCAUCUACUAAUCUAGCUCCACCUACAAACUUAACUACUCAAGAUAUAAUGGACCUACCUAUAAUAUUUGCGGAUGAUAACCAAGUAUUGGAUGCACCUCUUCAGGAGAUCUCUCCCCCACCACUUCCACCUGUACAACAAACCACUCCCACUAUAGUUCCACCUAAGAUAAUAACUCCUGGUAGUAAAUUUGUAUUGGUCAAUAAGCCAGUUGGCGGAAGCCAGGGUAAUACGCAUUUUGUGAUAUCUCAAAACUCUUCCAAGAAGCCUACCAAUUUGUUUCGUCAAACACCAAAAUAUACAAAGAUAAUAUUAUCUAAGAGAGCACCUACUGAAGAGUUGAAGUCAUCAAACAUUAUAACAAGGAUUGCAAAUUUAUCUCCAGAAAUAUCGGUAAAGAAGGUUAGAAGUCCGUUGGCCAACACUUCAAGUUCAAUAACCACUAUUGAAAAUAUAGAUCUUGAGAAUGAGUUGGUAGCAACUUCCAUUCCAAAACCUAUAUUUGUGAAUGAUGUCAAGAAUAUUUCGUCUGUAUCUCAUUUUGUAAGCAAGCAAGGUGGUAGCUUCAUCAAAACUAUAGAAAACGUUAAGGAAGGUAAUAAUUUUAAAAGAACUUACCCUUCCAUUACUAACUAUGAUGAUGACGAUUCAGAUCCUGAUUAUAUUCCACCAAAGAUGGUUAAAAUGAACUGAAGUAUUCUGAUAUGUAUAAGUUGUAAGUUAUGUAUUAUUUCUAAUAUGAUCAUAUAUCAAUUAAAUUUUGUAUUGUUAAGACACUGAUGAGAUAAAUAUAUUUAUUAGUUACUUUCCAA